CUUCAAUUUGCAGUUUGCAGAGAUUGCAGUUUGCAAGUACAAAGUUAUUUUUUUGUUAGGUAAUUUAUUUUAUCAGCUUACAUCAAUAUAGAUACUUUAUUGUUACUCAACGAGAUUCACAAGACAUCAAGUUUAUCAAUCAUUUGCGAGCCUCUACUCGGGAAAGAUGACUCUACGUUGGGGAAUUGUAACAGCUGGCAAGAUCAGCAAUGACUUCGUCAAUGCGUUUAACUCGUACCCUGAGAAGGGCGACCAGGAGAUAGUCGCAGUGGCAGCCAGAAAUAAGGACAGGGCUGAGGAGUUCGCGAAACUUCACAAUAUUGCGAAAGUGUUUGAUUCAUACCAGGCAUUAGCUAACAGCAGCGAUAUAGAUGUUGUCUACAUCGGCGCUCUGAAUAAUGACCAUUAUGGACUCUGCAAGAUGUUCCUUGAAAAUGGAAAACAUGUACUUUGUGAGAAACCUUUCUGUUUGAAUGCGAAACAAAGUCAGAGCGUGAUAAACCUCGCGCGCAAGAAGAACCUGUUCAUCAUGGAAGCUGUCUGGACUCGUUUCUCUCCGGCUUACAUUGACGUUGAGAAGGAGAUCGAGGCUGGUGCUCUUGGAGAAAUUCGACUCAUUGAGGGUAAUUUCGGAAUUUUCUGCGAAAGCGAUAGAGUUUUGAAAAAGGAAUAUGGCGGUAGUGCUGUGCUCGAUAUCGGUAUUUACUUAUUGCAACUAUCCCAAUAUGUUUUCAAAGAAGAACCAAAGAAUGUGACAGCUGUUGGUAAACUCAAUGGUUCGGGGGUGGAUGAAAGCGAGACUAUAAUUUUGGACUAUGGGGAUGGUAGGCGAGCUGUGCUCAAUACUCAGUCUCGUUUGGUUCUCAAGAACACGGCCACCAUUUAUGGAACGAAAGGCAGUAUUACGAUCGAGGAUCCGUUCCACUUUCCUGAUAAAGUAACACACGUUGAUGGCACACUGAGGACGUAUCCGUUACACACUUCCAAGUUGCCGUACGUCUAUGGAAACAGCGCUGGGCUCGUCUAUCAGGCUCUUGAAGUCGCUCGGUGCAUUCGAGCUGGAUUGAUCGAGUCACCCCGAAUGUCGCACAAGGAGACUCUAGUACUAGCUAAGUUAAUGGACACUGUUAGAAGCCAGCUGGGUGUACACUAUGAUGCUGAUGAUCAAGAAUAUCCUUGAAUGGUAUCAGAGAUACACGACGACUCUUCUAAUAGUCCGUCUAUAUACCUCGGUGCUCAUACGACCUUACUAGUUCUUAAAAAGAUUCCUAUAUGCCUAUUCGAUACUAUGUUAUGCAGUGUGAAAUGUUUAUGUAAUAGGUUUUAAGUUUAAUUAAACGUUUUAAUGAAAAUGAA